ACUAUGGUUAAUAUUAAGUUUGUUCAUUUGGUGUUUCUGUCAUUACUGCCGGCUUUCGUUAAGAAACCUGCCGUACAUGGUGAGAAGAACUUUGGAAGUAUUUAUCAAAAGCUUGGCAAGAUGUGCUAUGAUGAUCCUAAAAACUACAUCGAAAAGAAAUACGAACAAGGACUGUACUGUGAUGUGGAGUUUACUGGGACAUGCUGGCCACAAGUCAGGGCAGGCUUCACWGUCUUGCGUCACUGCCCAAGAUUAUACUUCAAAGAUGAAGCUCUUAUAAGUCGUCACUGCAGYAAGAGUGGAGUAUGGGGAAUAGCAAACUUUACCUCGUGUGUCAAGCUCACUGCAAAAGAGGCCAAAGAGGUUAUUCUUAAAAUUGCAAAGGAAAUACAUUUAACCGUGGAUAAAAAUCCAGUUCAGAGAGUUGAGAAUGUAAAGCAACAUGAAGACUACGAACGCAAGAUUCAUGUUUAUCUGAUAUGUAGUUGGAUUACAGAGACGGCUUUAUUUCUUACUCUUAUAGUCAUGUCCUUCCAAACGAGUUAUAACGAGCGGGUUUUCAUGCAUCGAAACCUCGUAUUUGCGUUUUUUAUGAGGACAGCCACAUUUUUCAUUGACUAUUACACAGGAAUAUCAACCUCUACCAGCCUAAAGGGUGUCUGCGAUUUCUUCUGGAUACUCAAUCGUUAUUUUGCUGUGGCUGAAAUCACGUGGAUGCUAAAUGAUGCAAUUUACCUUCUACGGAAAAUACGCCAUGCUUUCGAUUGCAACCCCUACCAUUUGUACUUCACCUUAUGGGGGUGGGGUUUCCCUUUCAUUCUCACAUUUGUGUUCUACACUCCRGUAAUGUACUUCUUGAAUUUAAACGAAAAAAGGUGUUGGACUCAUUUAGGGCAAUUCUUACACAGUUUGGUCAUAUACGUUCCUUUGACGAUCAUGCUUAUCAUCAACUUUGGCAUCAUGAUGUAUACUAUAAAAGUUCUUUUCCUUAAGAUGAGAUCUGAGAGUUACUCUGAGGCCAAAGUAGUCUGGAAAUAUGCAAAAGGAUCUCUUCUCUUAAUGCCCUCGGUUGGGUUUGUUUACCUUGUGACGUUUUUCACUCCAAAUGAUCAUGUACAAUUCGAUCUCUUUGUGCGAGUGCUUUAUCCAAUGCAGGGUGUUCUUGUGUGCAUUGUGCACGUUGGCCUUAACUUUGAACUUCGCCAGCAAAUCAAGCGAUGGUGGAGCAGCAAGCAUAAAGCGACCAACAUUUUUAUUCGCCCAAGCUUAUCUAGUGAUCAAUCAGGACCAUCAUUUAYGACUCAAGCACCAUUGUACGGACCAGAAGAAAUGGAGCUCACUGAACUAGUGAGGUCACCCCGAACAGCACAAGGUCAAAAUAUAUUUAGCAUGUCUUUAAACAAGGUAUGUCCGAAUAUAACUGUACAAGAUGAAAUCCAAUGUGAACAGAUUGCGACUCAAGAUGGACCAAGCAGCAAUCCUCAUGAUGAACAGCUGACUGUCCCACUUCCUUGCAUACUAGGGAACUACCUUAGCAACACUGAUGAUGCUGUUUUGAUUAAACGAAGUCACACUAUUAUCGAGGAGUUUGCCAAAAUGGGUGUCAAGCAAGAUGUAUACAGAAAAAUUUCAACUGUGUAGAAAAAGAACUUUAAUUUAUAUUCACCUUUUUAAA